CGAUGCGCAAUGACCAUCGAGCCGCUUUCAAGCAAUGUUCUGAACUACCUCGUAUGGCGCUAUCUACAGGAAGCCGGCUACGGUAAUGCCGCACUCCACCUCUCGCGAUGCUGGAACCGUGACCCGGACUCUCUGCCCUUUGCGCCCAAUGUCCAACCCCAUACUCUCGUCAACCUCCUCCAAGAUGGCCUUUGGUUCGAUAAGCUGCAGGCCGAGGCAGGCAAUGUCGACCAGCGUUACCGAUUUGGCCGCGACCAUGGCCGGCCGUAUUCAGUGCGCAAUGGGUCUCUCCUGACCUUGGAUCAAGGCGUGCCAGCCCACGUCCUUGCUGAGCAGGCGAACGGCGAUGGCCCCGUGCAAGAACCCCCGCCCAAGCGCGGCGUCAAGAAGAAGUCGAAGCCAAAAGCGAACGGUGUUCCCGAGCCGCGUGUGCCCGAGUUAGUCAAUGGCGAUGCAAUGGAGCUGGACCAGAAUGGCACAAUCCAUGUCAAUAACAGUGUGCGCGAAGAGUCAGAAGCCGUCGUCUCAGAAAACGAAUCACCCACCGUAGCUGAAAUUCCGCUGUCCACUCUGAGCAUCGGUCAAAGUACCGAGAUACAGACCGAGACCAUCGCCAACCUGACACCCAGCACUACUUUUAUCCCUGGCCUGAAGCAUAUGGACAAGACCGUCGAACACACUUCUUGGGGCCCUGCCGACGCUCCCUUACUGCUGACUGCUGGCAAGUCUCUCCUCAGAAUCAAUGUUAUCGGCAAGGAUCCUGCCAAGGUUCCAGGCGUCGAACCCUUGGACCUCGAAAUGCCUAUGCAGAAUUACCAGGUCACCGCCUUGACCUGGAACUCGGCUACUGAAAUAACCGUCUCUGCCCGCGAGGAAUGCAGGAAUGAGGUAGGCGAGAAGAUGAUGACCGAUAAGCUUAUCCAGAUCACAGAGGGUGGCGAGGACUAUCGAGUCAUUUCUUCCACUGCUGGCCUAGUUAAUACCCUCCGCUGGAACAAGGAAAAAGAGCUGCUGCUGUCCAUAUCCACAGACGGGGAACGGGGAUCCAUAAAAAUAUGGAAGAACAACCACGAUUCCAUACCAGCCUGGAUAGACUUUACAGACACUGCUAUAUUCGACGCGCUUUGGAUCAGCGAGUCGGCAUUCGUGGUAUGCGGCAUCAAUCUUUUCAAAAUCUAUGAGGUCGGGGACACGUUGACCACCCAACGGACUCUGGAAACGCAAGUGACGUGGGAAACUCUCAAAUACGAGCCUUCGUCGGGUAUCAUUGCUGCGCUGGGCAUGGAGAACCAGUCCAAUUAUCUCGGCAUCUUACACCCAGACGACUCUCUCAACCUGCAGACACACGAAUAUCCAGACCAAUACCCUACCGAUCUUGACUUCAGACUGGGCACCGAUAGUACUAUUUUCUCCGGCGCUCCCUUUGGAAACAGUCCAUCACCUCCUAUACUGCUGUCCAGCUGCUCAAUGUCAGGAGUGGUCCGGAUGUGGGAUGCCAAUGCACCUUUCAAGUGUAUCAGGAGGUUGUCCACCACAGACGGUAGUCAGGCUUUUAAAAUAGCGUUUUCUCCCGAUGGAGGGCUCUUGGCUGCGGCGGGGCCUGACGCUGUUACUGUGUGGGAUGUGGAGAAGAGAGAAGUGCCCAUUGCUAGCUGGCGUGCAAGAGAAUGGGGCCACGACAAGUGGGACCCAAGUGUUGAUGGAGAGUUCAGUCUUGGGUGGGACCCUGAUGGGUCGCGGCUGUCGAUAGCUCUUGGAAACCAGAUUGCCAUAAUUCCAGUGCAAAGAUAG